AUGGAGGAUGCUCGUCUUCUGUUUGAUUCAAUGGUAGUAAGAGAUUUGGUUUCGUGGAAUAUAAUGAUCGAUGGGUAUACUGCAGAUGCUUCCUUAACCUUUGGUCUGUUUCAGUUGUUUCUCACUGAAGGGAAGAAGCCAGAUUGCUAUACCAUUGGGAACCUCUUGAGAGCUUCUAUUGAAGUUAACCGUCUUGAAAUGAUCAGUGAAUUACACGGCUUUUCGAUCAAGCUUGGCCUCGAGAGAUCAAAUGUUGCAUUGGUUAGGUCUCUGAUCGUUGCGUAUGCCAAGUGUGGUAGCCUUUCAAAUGCUUUGAAACUGUACGAAUGCACGAUGGAAGGAGACUUGAUAUCUUGCACUGCUUUAAUAACAGGUUUUGCACAACAGAACAGCUUCACAAGUUGUGCUUUUGAUACCUUCAAGGAAAUGAUACUAAUGAAAACUAAGAUGGACGAGGUUGUAGUAUCCUCACUGCUUAAAAUAUGCACCACCAUUGCAUCAAUCUCCAUUGGAAGACAGAUCCACUGCUUCUCCUUAAAAUCCUCCCAAAUCAGAUUCGAUGUUGCUUUGCGUAACUCUCUGAUAGAUAUGUAUGCAAAGUCUGGGGUCAUUGAGGAUGCAGUCCUUGCUUUCGAAGAGAUGGAAGAGAAAGAUGUGAGAUCAUGGACCUCUAUGAUUUCAGGAUAUGGAAGACAUGGGAAUAUAGAGAAAGCAAUUGGUCUUUACAACAUAAUGGAGCAUGAAGGGAUCAAACCCAAUGACGUCACGUUUCUUGCUCUCCUCUCUGCUUGUAGCCACACAGGAGAGACAGAGAUUGGGUGGGAGAUUCUCAAUACAAUGGUCAACAAGUACGGUAUCAAAGUUCGAGAAGAGCACUUAUCUUGCAUGGUGGAUAUGCUUGCACGCGGUGGAAACUUGGAAGAUGCUUAUGAACUGAUGAGAAGUAAAAAUGGCAUUACUACAAGUCUUAGCUCAUCAACAUGGGGAGCUUUUCUUGAUGCGUGCAGGCGACAUGGGAAUGUGCAACUCGGUAAAGUAGCAGCGGCGCAGCUUCUGAGUAUGGAGCCGAAGAGACCAGUCAAUUAUGUUAAUCUGGCAAGUGUGUAUGCAGCUAAUGAAGAUUGGGACAAUGCUUUGAAGACUAGGAAGCUUAUGAAAGAAACUGGUUCUUGCAAUACCGACAACACUCUCAAUAAAAGGUUUUAAAGACACAAUGUAGUGUAUAAAUGUUUUAACAUCAAAGUGACGUUAUCGCAUAUCUUCCAAUCAUC